GAUUGGAGCACCUGAAACACAUGAUAUGGAGGGGAUUGGAACACCUGAAUCACAUGAUAUGGAGGGGAUUGGAACACCUGAAUCACAUGAUUGGGAGGGGAUUGGAACACCUGAAUCACAUGAUAUGGAGGGGAUUGGAACACCUGAAUCACAUGAUUGGGAGGGGAUUGGAACACCUGAAUCACAUGAUAUGGAGGGGAUUGGAACACCUGAAUCACAUGAUUGGGAGGGGAUUGGAACACCUGAAUCACAUGAUAUGGAGGGGAUUGGAACACCUG